GUGGUUCCAUCUACACACGCUAUGGUUAGGGGUGUACAGUUCUGAUCAUCUUAGUGUAUGUAUUUAUCUCACAUUUUAAAAAAUAAUUUAAAAAAACAAUGUGUUUUAUCUUCAUCCGGAGCAAGCUCUGACGAAAAAUAUGAUACUCAUCUCCGAUAUGUGACGCCCGAUCUGACAUGGAUGAAGUGUCGUGGAUCAGCCAAGAGCUUUAAACACGGAUAGAGUUGUGAUUGUCACAAGGUGCCAAAAUGACCUCCUCUGUAAAGCAGCAGAGAAACAUUUGUGUUCUUCUCCCCAACAAAAACCAGCUGGAGAUCUCUAUUGGGCCAAAGGCCACGGGGCAAGACGUUUUCAAUGAGGCGGCAGAGUGUCUUGGCAUCAAAGAGAUGCACUUGUUUGGCCUCACAGUGGUGCGAGACAACGAGCACAUAUUUUUAGACAUGGAGGAGAAGUUGACCAAGUACCUACCCAAAGAAUGGAAGCAAGAGUCCGGAAAGGGUUUUGAGAAGAGAGCCUUUCCUCUUGUGCUGUGCAUCAAAGUCCAGUACUAUGUUGAGAAUGGCAGACUUAUUAGCGAACGCAAGGCACGCCAUCUCUACUACUCUGACUUGCGCGAGCGGGUGUUGCGCUCCGAAUGCCGUCAGCUGGAGGAGGUGUACUUCCAGCUAGCAGGUUACGCCAUGCAGGCUGACCUCGGGGACCACCAACUGCCCAAGGGGGGGGAAGAGUGUGUCCCUUACUUCGAACCCAAGGAGUACUUUCCUCCAUGGAUAAUAGCCAAGCGGGGACUGAACUAUCUCCUCUGCCAUGGCCCCAAAGUGCACCAGGACCUGUGGGGCAUGUCGUCACGUGAUGCCGUCCUCCACUUCAUCAGAGAGUCAUGUCGACUUGAGGACGUCCCAGUCACAUUUUACAGGCUGCAAAAGGACAAGAAGGAAGAGAGGGGAACGGCAGUACUCGGCCUGACCCUGAGAGGAAUGCAGGUUUAUCAGGAGGCGAACAACAUCAGACACCUGCUGUAUGACUUCCCCUGGUCCAAUGUGGGACGACUCACCUUCUUGGGAAAGAAAUUUGAGAUUCAGCCAGAUGGCUUACCAUCAGCCAGGAAGCUCGUUUACUACACUGGGUCGUCUUUCCGCUCGCGACACCUUCUCUUGCACCUGAGCCGCAGCCAUCGCAUUUACCUCAGCCUCCAGCCUGCCCUCAAGCACCUCCGCCAGUUAGAGGAGAAUGAAGAAAAAAAGCGUUACAGGGAGUCCUACAUCAGCGAUGAUCUGGAUUUGGACCCACCGGGCAGCGAGAGCAGCCCGGGUUUGUCCCGCAUUUCCACCGGCAGCUCGGGCAUAGAAGCUGACACUCGCCAACACAGCAUCUCCACCGAAAUGACCUCCAUGGAGGAGGAAGCGGAACAGAAGGCAGAGAAAUCUUCGUACUCCGCAGCCAGCCAAGUCAGCUCCUCCACGUCUGGCCUGGGCAGCGGCAGGAAAGCUCACACAGAAGAUGAGGAGUGGAAAGAGCAAGAAAUGAAGGCGGAUGUCAGACAGGAAGUUGUCGCGGAUUAUCCAGAUGAGAUGUUCCAGAUGGCUAAUCUUCUCGAUGAGCUGUCCGUAGAUUGCACACUCUUCUCUGAGACAAAAUCGGCAGAGAACAAAGUGUGCCUCCCAGAACAUCUCCUAAUAGGAGAUAAAAAUAGUAUCCAGGUAGUGGAAACUAGAUCGUAUGCUUCCGUGGACCGGCACAGCCAAAGUCUUGACGAUGUCAGUUUGUUCGCACCUCAGUCACCACUAGGGACCACACUGCCGGCCGAUUCUUCACACAGCUACACCUUCGGCCUCUCUGAGAACUCAGCGGAUGCAAAGACACCCGUGGCUCACGACUAUUACCCUUUUUUACAUUGCCAAGCCAAACCUUCCUUCUACGGCCACAGGUCUACCAAUUGCCUGUCACUGGACCUGUUAGAAGACGAAUACUUCCUGGAGUUCAUUCUGUGAAUUGGUUGUUUACGGAAUCUUAUUUUAUUUUAGUAUUUGGCCCAGGUGACAACAGUGGACAGCUCAUUUCUCAUGUAUGUUUAUUUUAGUCCUAUUACUCUGUGGAUGCCACAGUUUUUUUAUUCAGAAAAAAUCUUUGUGAUAUAUUUAUUGAUUUUUCUAUGUUUUGUACAUAUUGCUUGCAAAUGCAUUUCAGCUUCUACAUACAAAAAAACCCCUAAGCAUUUUGUCCUUUGUGCCGGCAAUCUCCUGAGAGGUUGACGUUAAGGGCAAAAUAAGUUUAUGUUGUGAUCUUUUGGUUAUUCAUCAAAUGGAAUCUCCAUUGGUAUUUGUUCACUUGGGCACUAUCGGAACAUUUGGAAUGUGCUUGUUUUAUGCUGAAAAUAUUCAAAAGUCACAGUGCCAACGAUAAUGCUUCUCUAACAUUUUACACUCAGUUUUUCUCCAGUGUGCUUGGUCAUCCUUCCAACUAUUCUGCCCCAGCAAAUGUAGCAUGUAGUGUGGGAGGAAAAAAAACUUCUUGACGGCUUGUAAACCAUUCAUUCAUUCCAAAGUCUCCACAUGGUCUUCUAUUGCUUUCACUUUUUCAACAGCAAUGUUUGCAAAUCACAAUCUAUUUCAGUAACAGUGACAUUUAUAAUGAAUCUGCAGUAUUUUUGUAUUAUAUAACCUUCAAACAAA